AUGAGUCACAACAAUAACCACACCCGUCAUGAGACCGUGAUCAACAUAACCAAACCAACAACAGGGUUCACCGGUGGGUUAGAGUUCGUGAACCUAACCUACACUGUGACCAAGAAAAAGAAAACAGAUGAAGGCAAAUGGGUUAGCCAAGAUGCUGACUUAUUGAACCGGAUCACAGGGUUCGCACCCAAAGGGUGUGUGACUGCAGUCAUGGGUCCGAGUGGUGCCGGGAAGUCUACUUUUUUGGAUGGGUUAGCGGGUCGGAUUGCAAGUGGUAGUCUUAAGGGCAAAGUGUCUUUAGAUGGAUCUGAAAUGAACCCGAGUUUGAUUAAGAGAACAUCGGCUUAUAUCAUGCAAGAUGAUCGGUUAUUUCCGAUGUUGACUGUGUAUGAAACGUUGAUGUUUGCUGCUGAUUUUCGGUUAGGGUCAGUUGGUAAGAUGGAAAAGAGGAAACGGGUUGAAACAUUGAUCGAACAACUUGGUUUAUCGUCGGCAAGGAACACAUACAUAGGCGAUGAAGGGACCCGAGGAGUCUCAGGGGGUGAACGUCGGAGGGUAUCAAUUGGUGUAGACAUCAUCCAUGGACCAUCACUGCUUUUUCUGGAUGAACCAACAUCCGGUUUGGACUCGACAAGUGCUCAAAGUGUUAUCGAAAAGGUUCACAACAUUGCACGAACCGGAAGCACCGUGGUUCUAACCAUUCACCAACCAUCAUCACGUAUCUUACUUCUACUUGACCACCUCAUCAUAUUGGCUCGUGGUCAGCUCAUGUACCAAGGGUCCCCGAAAGAUGUUGGGUUCCAUUUGGGUCGAAUGGGCCGGAAAGUUCCAAAAGGGGAAAGCCCGAUUGAGUUCUUGAUUGAUGUUAUUCAACGAUAUGAUCAAUCAGAAUAUGGAGUGGAUGCAUUAACAGAAUUUGUGGUUACGGGUAUGAAACCACCAGAAUUAUCGGAUGAUGAUGAAAUGUCGCUUAUGACCCCGACACCACCACCACCCCAUCGAAGCUUCGGGAAGAAGAGUCGGUUUCACAUGGAAGGAAAAGAUGGUCAAGAAAAGGGAUUUGAUCAUAGUGUGAGAAGCCCGUGGAAUAAUUCGAAUACAUGGAGCCAUUCAGGAAUCAUGCAAUCGAUUAUGUCAACUCCGAAUCGUCUUAGGAAUGAUAGGAAAACAUCGACUCCAACAAGCGCAUCACGUGGCUACUAUGCCAACUCGGCUGACAUCCUAUCGGGAACCACCACUCCACAAAGCAGCUCUUAUACCCUCAACGAAGACGACUACCGCACCCCUUCCACCACUCCAACCACCAUAAACCACCACCACCUCCACCCCAAAUUCCCAAACUCAUUCCUCCCAGAAACCUGGAUCCUAAUCCGCCGGAACUUCAUAAACAUCCGGCGAACACCAGAACUCUUUCUCUCCCGACUCAUGGUCUUAACAAUCAUGGGAUUCAUGAUGGCCACCAUGUUCAAAAACCCCGGAAAAACCAUGCAAGGCAUAACAAACCGUCUCAGUUUCUUCAUCUUCACCGUUUGUCUCUUCUUCUUCUCAUCAAACGACGCCGUUCCCGCCUUCAUCCAAGAACGCUUCAUCUUCGUUCGUGAAACUUCACACAACGCAUACAGAGCCUCUUCUUACACCAUCGCCGGACUGAUAACCUACCUACCGUUUCUCCUUCUUCAAGCCGCCGUCUACGCCGCCCUAACCUGGUUUGCGUUAAAACUCGAAGGGCCGUUUUUGUACUUUUUGAUCGUUCUUUACGUUUCUUUACUCUCGACUAAUUCAUUCGUGGUGUUUGUGAGCUCGGUUGUUCCGAAUUUUAUACUUGGGUAUGCUGCGGUGAUUGCGUUCACGGCGUUGUUCUUUUUGUUUUGUGGGUAUUUUUUGAAUAGUCAUGAUAUACCGAAGGUUUGGAGAUGGAUGAAUGUGAUAUCGACGAUGACGUAUCCGUAUGAAGGGCUUUUGAUAAAUGAGUUUCAAAGAGAGGAAGUUUUUGGGGUGAAUCUUGGUGGGGUGAAUGUUUCGGGAGUUGAUAUUUUGCAAUCAUUGCAUAUUUAUCAUGAAAAAGAUCCGAAGUGGUUUAAGGUUUAUGUGAUGUUGGGGUGGGCGGUUUUAUACAGGGUUUUGUUUUAUAUUGUUCUUCGUUUUGGUACUAAGAAUCAGAGGACGUAG